AUGACUAGAUUGCACGCCAUAUCUCCUUCAGCUGGGAUUGACGAAAUCGCGCACGUCUCUAGAUGGACGACGGAGAUUGUUUCGCUCUUUAUAAGUGAUCCGCAAACGCGGAAAUCAGUGACGAUAGCCGUGGCCGUCUUGAGCAUAUAUGCCGUUGAUUUCGCCAUAAACGUAGUGCAGGCAUGUUGCCGAAGUUUAAUAGUCGAUACCCUCCCUAUUCCUCAACAACAGUUAGGUUCUGCAUGGGCGGGCAGGAUGACAGCUGUGGGAAGCCUUAUCGGUUACGCGAUUGGGUCGAUAGACAUGUUGAAUAGCUUUGGAACGGCCCCUGGGAAAUACGCAAUUCAAGCAGAUGACAGUCAUCGCGGCGUUGUCGCUCAUCGGAGCAGUAUCUGUCACUUCAUAUGCUGUGAAGGAGAGGGUCCUGAUAUCAGUCAGGACCACUUUCAACCUGCCACCCCGAAUCAAAGCAAUAUGCUGGGCGCAAUUUUGGGCUUGGAUUGUAGCACUUGGGUUGGCGAGACGUAUUUUCGCUACGAGGCGUCAGAAUCUACCGCCGAACAAUCCAAAGACACCCUCGGCGAGGUUGGUCGCUUGGGAAGUUUGUCACUCGUUGUAUUCUCCAUGAUUACAUUGCUGAGCUCCGUGAUCCUUCCAUUCGGAGUCGUUUCACCGGAAAAUAAAAGAGGACGGUUCACCCCAAGGCCUCCUCGUGGGGUUGUCCGAUUCCUCAAAAGAAUUGCGUUUGUUCGACCAGAUUUGCAAACGGCAUGGAUGCUGUCGCACAUUAUGUUUGCCGCAACCAUGAUAUUCGCCCCUUUGGCAAAGUCUGUCCGUUUUGCAACGUUCCUCGUCGCAAUCUGCGGGGUUCCAUGGGCUGUUACGAGCUGGGCACCGUUUGCUUUCAUGGGAGUUGAAAUUAAUCGACUAGCGGUACCCGCAUCUUCGUCUCGCAAUUCGACUGUUACCAUGAUAACUUCCACCAGAGCGAGCAACCGACACAGUGCCUACCUCCCAUUGGAGGCCGAUGAUGGCAAUAACUCAGACCCGGACUUUGAUACUGCCAGUGUACUGCGGCUCAAUCACCGUAAUGAUGGGGAUAGCGACACUGACGGCGACCUUGAAGACGAGGCUGCAUCUACUGGCGAGCUCGCGGGAAUCUAUCUAGGUGUGCUGAAUGUGUACACCACUCUCCCCCAAUUUGUGGGUACGUUUAUUAGCUGGAUCGUUUUCAGCAUUUUCGAGCCAAACAGAACGGCCGCACAAGGCGAUACGGACUCGAAAACCGGACCCGCCAAGUCAAAGGCCGAUCACUGGAUGAAUCUCAGUGCCGAAGGCCCGAAUGGAAUUGCGGUGUGUUUGUUUAUCGGUGCGAUAUGCGCAAUGAUCGCAACUGAGGCGACAAGGAGAUUGAAAUAUGUUCGAUAA